CCUCAUCGACUUGCGCCAUGAGCUCUCGUCGAGGUCGCAAUGACGACGGUGCAGUGUCCAUCUCGUCUGGCGAAGAAGAAGAAGGAGGUCCUUCGGCAGCCGGAUCAUCACGACCAAAGCGAAUCGUCCUGAAACGCGGCGCCAAGUCGGAUACCGCUGGUCGCUCAGCAGCUGCUGCCGGCAAUGGUGGUGGGGAAGAGAUGAUGAUGGAGGCAGACUACGUGUCUCCCGAUGAGGACGGGGAUGACGGAGAGCGUGACGCUACUUUUGGAGCUCGACGUGGCGGCGGAGGUGGGACACAGCCGCUCAACACUGGCCCGCCAACGAUGGGAGCGACGAUUGCGCCUCGUCAAGUCACGAAUCGCGACUUUUCUCAUUUACACCUCAAGCAGGAUCAUGCGUCUCGACCGCUUUGGAUCUCUCCUGAUGAUGGGCAUAUCAUUCUCGAGGGAUUCAGUCCAAUCGCUGAGCAGGCCAUGGACUUUUUGGUGGCCAUUGCGGAGCCUGUUAGUCGCCCCGCCUUCAUCCACGAAUAUCGCCUCACCCCAUACUCCCUCUAUGCGGCAAUCUCAGUCGGCCUUUCACCCUCGGACAUCCUCUCCGUCUUGGAUCGACUGUCGAAAUCGACCCUUCCCGAAUCCAUUGUCGAAUUCAUUCGCGAUUAUACAGCCUCAUUCGGCAAGAUCAAGCUCGUACUUAAAGAGAAUCGCUACUUCGUCGAAUCGGCAGAGACCGAGACCUUGAGGACGCUGCUGCAAGACGAUGUUGUGGGAAAGGCCAGAGUGAGGGAAGAAGAUAGAGCUCAGCAAGGUGGCGGGGACGGCGAGGUGUUGGGAAGGAGUAAUGCGCCGCGUAGAGGUGAUCUGGUCAUUCCAGGAACCACCGCAGCUCAACGCAAUGCACAGCAACAGGGCCAACAGAAGCAAGGCCAGGCAGAUGCAGCCACAGCAGGUAGUAGUGCUAGCAAGGACGCCGCCGCUGCUGGUGCCCCUCAGCCAGAGACAGACGCUGCCGCCCGUCGAGAAGCUGAGGCCGACCUUUUCACCUCCAUCAUCGGGCAAGAAGACGACCCCACCUCACUGGACGCGGAUGAGGACACGGUUCACUCCUUCGAGAUCCGCGAAGAAGAGAUAGAGAACGUAAAGCGCCGCUGCAACGAGCUCGGAUUGCCCAUGCUUGAGGAGUACGACUUCCGUGCCGACUUGCGCAAUCCUGACCUCCCCAUCGACCUCAGGCCUUCAACGCAUAUCCGACCCUACCAAGAGAAGUCCCUCUCCAAAAUGUUCGGAAAUGGGCGUGCCCGCAGCGGGAUCAUCGUGCUCCCCUGCGGAGCGGGCAAGACGCUUGUGGGUAUUACGGCGGGGUGUACGAUCAAGAAGAGUACACUCGUGCUCUGCACCAGUAGCGUGAGCGUAAUGCAGUGGAAGCGCGAGUUCCUCAAGUGGUCCAACGUCAAGGAGGAGAUGGUCAGUGUCUUCACGGCAGACGUCAAGGAGAAAUUCUCCAGCUCGGCUGGUAUUGUCAUUUCCACGUACUCAAUGGUGGCCAACACGGGCAAGCGAUCACAUAGCUCGCAGAAGAUGAUGAACUUUCUAGAAUCGAGGGAGUGGGGCUUCAUCCUCCUCGACGAAGUCCACGUCGUCCCCGCCAGCAUGUUCCGUCGUGUCCUGACCCGCAUCAAGGCCCACUCCAAGCUUGGUCUGACCGCCACAUUGGUCCGCGAAGACGAGAAGAUCGACGAGUUGAACUUCCUCGUCGGCCCCAAGCUGUACGAAGCGAACUGGAUGGACCUAGCCGCCAAAGGUCACAUUGCGACCGUACAGUGCGCUGAAGUCUGGUGUCCCAUGACGCCCGAGUUCUACCGCGAGUACCUGCGUGAGAGCGCGAGGAGGAAGAUGCUGCUUUACUGCAUGAACCCGAACAAGUUUCAAGCCUGUCAAUUCCUCAUCAACUACCACGAGAAGAGAGGAGACAAGAUCAUCGUCUUUUCGGAUAAUGUGUUCGCGCUCGAGGCUUAUGCCAAGAAGCUGGUCAAGCCCUACAUCCAUGGUGGGACGCAGCAGACGAUCCGAAUGAGGAUUCUCCAACAUUUUCAGCAUAAUCCGGCGGUCAACACCAUUUUCCUCAGUAAGGUGGGCGAUACCUCGAUCGACUUGCCUGAGGCCACUUGCCUUAUCCAGAUCAGCUCGCACUUCGGCUCGAGGAGGCAAGAGGCGCAAAGAUUGGGGAGGAUCUUGAGGGCCAAGAGAAGGAACGACGAGGGCUUCAACGCAUUCUUCUACUCGCUCGUCUCAAAGGACACAGCAGAGAUGUUCUACUCCACCAAGCGUCAGCAAUUCCUCGUCGAUCAAGGCUACGCGUUCCGCGUCAUCACCGAGCUGGUCGGAAUGAAUGAGAUGCCCGACUUGGUCUACCGUACCCAAUCCGAGCAAAUCGAGCUGCUGCAGAGCGUGCUCAUCGCGAGCGAGAGCGCGGCGGAUAUCGGCACGGAUUUGGAUGGCACCAACGACCUCUUGGUAGCAGGCAAGAACGGAGGAGGCGGAGGGAGACAGUAUGGCGGUCCUCCGAGAGCCAUCAGUGGGGCAGGUGGUGGCCGGUUCGAGAAGGCGAAGCGCAGCGCCGGUUCUCUCAAUGCGCUUUCUGGCGCGGAACACAUGUCCUACAUUGAGCGCAAUCCUUCGGCUAACAAAGCUAUCACGAGGGACAAGGAGAGGAACAAGCUGUUUGUCAAGAGGAGUAACGAGCUGAAGAAGAGGAAGCAGAUGAUGGAUGAGGAGCGCGACUGAGGUGUCUGCGUACAUGUGAGAUCGUUCAUUCUGAGACUUUGUAUUUCUAGUCAAUCUACACCAUGACAAGUCUAGUCGCCACG